UCUCCAGGGUCAGCACUUUCCCACCAGACCCCUCGAAGACCCUCACAAAGCCUUCCUUACGUCGCGCAGUGGUCCAGCUGCUCCCCUGAGAUGUAACUAUUGUCCCCCCCCCCACCCCACACACCCCCAUGCCGCUCUCUGAUUGGCCGCCUCCCAGUGUGGGAAAGUGCAGAGGCCCGCAUUGAUAUGGAGAUGCGGAACUACAAAUAGGAGGCAUGAAGCCAGCAGAAAGCACCUCGAGCGCAGCCAGCACACACAUCCAGCCAUGGCACCUGCGAUCUCUCUGCAAGACGCUCACCUGACUCUCACACACAAGGUCCGAAAGCCUCUGGUGGAGAAGUUCCGGCGAGAGCGAAUCAACAGCAGCAUCGAGCAGCUCAAGUCUCUCCUGGCCGCCGAGUUCCUCCGGCAGCACAACGACUCCAAGAUGGACAAGGCGGACGUCCUGGAGAUGACCGUUUGCUUCCUCGGGAGAAUCUGGUCUGUCCCCCUAGCCGGGACGCGCUUCAGGCAGCUCAGGUCUUCCUGUGAGGAGAAGAGCAGAGAAGAGGACUUCUCUCCUCUCAGCUCUCCAGGCUGACGUGAGCUGCUGUCAUGUCAUGACCUCAACUUGUUUUGUUUCUGAUGGGAAAUAUCAUCGGAAUAGCUUUUGUCAUGCACAAUGCAUGAGUCACAUCUGAUUGCAUUUGCAAUUGGUUCCUUCUCUUUUUUUUAAAGAAAUGGUGACUAUUUUAAUUUAUGACGUUAUUGAUCAUUCUGGUCU